AUGGCCUCUAAGUGUUCAAAUGAAAGGAAGAGUUGCACAUCUCUCACUUUAAAUCAAAAUCUAGAAAUGAUUAAGCUUAGUGAGGAAGGCAUGUCAAAAGCCAAGACAGGCUGAAAGCUAGGCCUCUUGUGCCAAAGACAAGUUGCACAUGCAAAGGAAAAGUUCUUGAAGGAAAUUAAAAGUGCUACUCCAGUGAACACACAAACGAUAAGAAAGCGAAACAGCCUUAUUGCUGAUAUGGAGAAAGUUUUAGUGGUCUGGAUAGAAGAUCAAAUCAGCCACAACAUUACCUUGAGCCAAAGCCCAAUCCAGAGCAAGGCCCUAACUCUCUUCAGGUCUAUGAAGGCUGAGAGAGGCGAGGAAGCUGUAGAAGAAAAGUUUGAAGCUAGCAGAGGGUGGCUCACGAGGUUUAAGGAAAGAAGCCAUCUCCGUGACAUAAAAGUACAAGGUGAAGCAGCAAGUGCUGAUGUAGAAGCUGCAGCAAGUUAUCCAGAAGAUCUAGCUAAGACAAUAAAUGAAGCUGGCUACACUAAACAACAGAUUUUCAAUGUAAAUGAAACAGCCCUCUAUUGGAAGAAGAUGCCAUCUAGGACUUGCAUAGCCAGAGAGGAGAAGUCAAUGCCUGGUUUCAAAACUUCAAAGGACAGACUGACUCUCUUGUUAGGGGCUAAUGCAGCUGCUGCUGACUUUAAGUUGAAGCCAAUGCUCAUUUACCAUUCAGAAAAUCCUAGGGCCCUUAAGAAUUAUGCUAAAUCUACUCUGCCUGUGCUCUAUAAAUGGAAUGACAAAGCCUAGAUGACACCACAUCUCUUUACAACAUGGUUUACUGAAUAUUUUAAGCCCACUGUUGAGACCUACUGCUUGGAAAAAAAGAUUCCUUUCAAAAUAUGACUGCUUACUGACAAUGCACCUGGUCACUCAAGAGGUCUGAUGGAGAUAUACAACAAGAUUAAUGUUGUUUUCAUGCCUACUAACACAACAUCCAUUCUGCAGCUCAUGGAUCAAGGAAUAAUUUUGAUUUUCAAAUCUUAUUAUUUAAGAAAUACAUUUCAUAAGGCUAUAGCUGUCAUAGAAAGUGAUUCUUCUGAUGGAUCUGGGCAAAGAAAAUUGAAAACCUUCUGGAAAGGAUUCACCAUUCUAGAUGCCAUUAAGAACAUUCGUGAUUUAUGGGAAGAGGUCAAAAUAUCAACAUUAGCAGGAGUUUGGAAGAAGUUGAUUCCAACCCUCAUGGACUUUGAGGGGUUCAAGACUUCGGUAGAGGAAGUAACUGCAGAUAUGGUGGAAAUAGCAAGAGAACUAGAAUUAGAAGUGGAGCCUGAAGAUGUGACUGAGUUGCCGCAAUCUCAUGAUCAAACUUUAAUGGAUGAGGAGUUGCUUCUUAUGGAUGAGCAAAGAAAGUGGUUUCUUAAGACGGAAUCUACUCCUGGUGAAGAUGCUGUGAAGAUUGUUGAAAUUACAACAAAGGAUUUAGAAUAUUAUAUAAACUUAGUUGAUAAAGCAGCAGCAGGGUUUGAGAGGACCAACUCCAAUUUUGAAAGCAGUUCUAUUGUUGGUAAAAUGCUAUCAAACAGCAUCACAUGCUACAGAGAAAUAAUUCAUGAAAGGAAAGGUCAAUCAAUGCAGCAAAAUUCACUGUUGUCUUAUUUUAAGAAACUGCCACAGCUGCCCCAACCUUCAGCACCCACCACCCUGAUCAGUCAGCAGCCAUCAACAUCGAGGCAAGACCCUCCACCAGCAAAAAGAUUAGCACUCGCUGAAGGCUCAGAUGAUGGCUAGCAUUUAUUAGCAAUAAAGUAUUUUUAAUUAAGGCAUGUACCUUGGUUUUUUAGACAUAACGCUAUUGCACACUUAAUAAACUACAGUAUAGCAUAAACAUAACUUCUGUAUGCACUGGGAAACCAAAAAAUUCGUGUGACUUGAUUUACUGCAAUAUUAGCUUUAUUGCAGUGGUC